GGGGAUCAUUCAGGAGAAGGAGAUGAUGGUUUCAUCUAUAAAGCUGACACAAUGUAACAAACCUCCUGUAAUCGUAUCCAAGACAUUUUCAAGCUUCUCUACACUGCUCAGCUCCGCCCACUCCUAUCACAUGACCAUCCUCACAGGUCCUUCAUCCACAUUCUCUCCUAUCCUGUUGAGCUCCGCCCCCACAUGUCCUGGUCACAUGAUUGUGACAUCAUCACAGGUCCUACAGUGAGAAUUAUGUAGAGAUUGUGGAGAAGAAUGAUGGACAAGGACAGGAAUGAGAUGACUAAGAGAAUAUUACACUUCACCUUGGAGAUCCUCCACCUGCUGACCGGAGAGGAUUACACCAUAGUGAAGAAGACAUGGGGGGAGUGUGUGGCCUCCAGCAGCCAUCUCCAUGAGUCAGAAGGACAGAGUAGGGCCCCGGGCCCCAUCACAGAGCCUCCACCUCACUCACUGAUACAUGAGGAGAAGAUCCUAGAACUCACCCACAGGAUCACUGAGCUGCUGACUGGAGAGGUUCCUAUAAGGUGUCAGGAUGUGGCGGUCUAUUUCUCCAUGGAGGAGUGGGAGUACGUAGAAGGACACAAGGAUCUGUACCAGGACAUAGUCAUGAUGGAGGAUCACCGGCCCCUCACAUCACAAGAUGGAGUCAUUGAUAGAAAUCCACCCGAGAGGUGUCCCCGUCCUCUGUAUUCCCAGGAUUGUCCAGAGGGAAAUGUCCCAGAGAAGCAUCAGGGGGGAGAUCUGACUAAUAAUAAAGUGGAGGAUGAAGAAGAGAGGAUGAGGGGCCAUCACCCGUGUAUGAGGGAAGUGAAGGAGGAAAUUCCAGGAAGUGUUACCCCAGUCAAAGCCGAAGACUAUUCAAAAGACGGAGGAAAUAUAAAGGAAGAGACGGAAAAUCCCAGUAAGAAUUCUGAGGGAAACUUCAUGUUAUCCCUGAAUGAUAAAGGAGAAGAUGAAGAUAUGAUGGAGCGCUCCUCAGGAGAAGACCUCCUUACCCCUAAUGUCCAUCCAGAUCUAUCCUAUAAUAAUCCACCUGAUCAUGAGGAACCUUCUCCUGACCAACCACACAUUGUUACCAUAAGGACAGAUCAGAAAGGGGAGGAAAGGAAUCAUUAUGGUGAAUGUGAAAAAGUGUUUAUAAAUAGCUCAAGUCUUGAUAGGAAUGAGAGAAUGGACAUAAGGAAGCCAUAUUCGUGUUCAGAAUGUGGGAAAUGUUUCACACGAAAAUCAAAUCUUGUUAGACACUUGAGGACUCACACAGGAGAGAAGCCGUAUUCAUGCUCAGAAUGUGGAAAAUGGUUUACAAGUAAAUCACAUCUUGUUAUACAUGAGAGAAUCCACACAGGAGAGAAGCCACAUUCUUGUCCAGAAUGUGGAAAAAGUUUUACGCAAACUUCAGAUCUUGUUAAACAUCAGAGAAGUCACACAGGAGAGAAACCAUAUUCAUGUCCAGAAUGUGGAAAACGCUUUUCACAAAAAUCAGAUCUUGUUAUACAUCAGAGAAGUCACACAGGAGAGAAGCCAUAUUUAUGUCCAGAAUGUGGAAAAUGUUUUAUAAAAAAUUCAGAUCUGGUUAACCACAAGAGAAGUCACACAGGAGAGAAGCCAUAUUCAUGUCCUGAAUGUGGAAAAUCUUUUACAGAAAAAUCAUAUCUUGAUAAACAUAAGAGAAGUCACACAGGGGAGAAGCCAUAUUCAUGUUUAGAAUGUGGGAUAUGUUUUACAGUUAAAUCAAAUCUUGUUAGACAUCAGAGAAUUCACACAGGAGAUAAGGCAUAUUCAUGUUCCGAAUGUGGGAAAUGCUAUACACAGAAAUUUGAUCUUGAUACACAUAAGAAAAGUCACACAGGAGAUAAGCCAUAUUCAUUUUCAGAAUGUGGAAAAUCUUUUACUCAAAAAUCUAAUCUUGUAACACAUGUGAAAAAUCACACGGGAUAAGCCAUAUUCAUGCCCAGAAUGUGGAAAAUACUUUUGACACAAAUCAGAUCUUGUUACACAUGAGAGAAUUCACACAGGAGAGAAGCCUUAUUCAUGUUCAGAAUGUGGAAAAUGUUUUACAGUAAAAGCAAAUCUUGUAAGACAUGAGAGAACUCACACAGGAGAAAAGUUAUAUUUAUGUUCAGAAUGUGGUAAAUGUUUAACACAAAAUUCACAUCUUGUUAAACAUGAAAGAAGUCAUACAGGAGAGAAGCCAGGUUCAAAAUGUGGGAAAUGUUUUCUCGUGAAAUCGCUGCUUGGUGUUCAUAGGAGAAUUCACAUGGAGAAGACGUAAUCAUGUUCAGAAUAUGGGAAAUGUUUUACUACUAGAGACGAACUAACUGAUCAUUCUCACAGGUUAAAAGCUGUUAUUUAUAUAUGUGUGUGUGUGUGU